GAUUUAAUUAAAAUAUUGUAAUUGCUAAUUCUUUGGCAACUGAAAGCAAAUCCACAAACACAGUUGUUGCGUUGCCCCAGAGAACGUAUAAUAUAAUAAUACGUUCUCUGGUUGCCCUUUGCAACAGCUGAUCUAUAACAUGUGGUCAUUAUAUUUGUAAACUUUUCGUUGAAUUAUGUAAAAACGGAAAUAAGUGUUAUAUAUUUUUAGGAAGUAAAACAUUUAAUAAUCAUGAUAAACACAUUCCUACGUUUAGGAAACCGGUCUGUUUCUAGAAAACCGCAGUUUCAAUUCACGAUUCAAAGGCUAGCUUCUUUUACAGUACGAAAUCUAUUAAAUGAAACAUCCGAUGAAACCGGUACAUUGUUUACACGCUUUGCAAAACAUAUAGCGUUAGAACUACAAAAAGAUGCUCCAAUUGUACCAACAGUAAUCAAGUAUGCUGAUUAUUUUCCAAUAAGUGAUACACGUUACUUGCAAAGAGAAUUGACUCGAAUAUCUCCAGAUCAACUUCCGGCAUUAAUAGUCUACGCAUUCAACUACAGGCCUAGUGCUGAUUUAAAUAAGUAUGCUACAUUACUAAAUGAGUUGGAUACGACUGCCAUAAGGCUGCUUCCAAAGAUGGAUCUUGACACAAUUCUACGAACAUUAUAUGCUUUUCUUUACCUCAUGCCCAACUGGAUUACGAGAACAGAUUUUUAUGAUGCGGCUAUGAAACAUAUAAUAACAAUGGGAAUAGCAGCAGAUACAUCAAAAGAAAAAUUUGUCCAAAUGUGUUUCUAUUUGGGUUUGGACAAAACUCGUAGAGCUACAAACGUUGUAUCUUUUUCAAAUUUUCUAAAUGACCAUUUAGAAUCAUAUAUUGCAACAUUAACUACUUUAGACUUGAUUACAAUUGCCAAUGCUGCUUUUAAAACAUCAACGCGUAUAGAAAGCAAGACAUAUAAUAAUCGUUUAAAAGAAGAAAUACUGAAGCUUUCAUUUGAUGAUAUUGCAAAUGAUGCACUCUUAGUGACUUUAAUUAAAGCAAUGAGAUUUCAGAGGGUUCAAUCAAGGGAAGUCUGUGAGCACCUUCAAAAUUAUUGUACUCAAGAUAUAGUUGAGAGGCUUCAAUUACGCGGUUGCAUUCAUUUAUUCGCUUACUUUGCUGAUAAUCUUUGGGAUGAUGAGCUUUCAAUUGACUCUUUGAUAAAACAAUGCUUAAAUCGACUAGUUCCUUCGCGAAAGUUUCAUAUGAAUGAUGAAAAUGUUCGAUGUAAAGACAUUUCUACAUUUCUAUGGUGUUGUGCACAAGUGAACUGCAAAUUAUCGCCAUCUGACCUGCAAUUAAUUGAGUCAAAUCUUUUGAACAAAGUUGAUCAAAAUGAAUUCCGAAACUAUGUCGAUCAGUUAGUUGAUAGCUGUUUAUCUUUAUGGACAUUAGGCUACAAAUCACGCGAACUUAUUGAGGAAACGUUAAAUUUGAAGCUAAACGCACGAUUCACUAACAAAAAAGAUCUACGAGAUUUACCUAAAGUCGAGAGUCGCUUACAGGUGCUCUUGUCAGCCAUUAGUAUAGAAGAGCCGAAAUGGCGGUUGAAAAAUAUAAAAGGGUUUACGGAAAUAGCUGUCGAUACAGAAGCUCCAACAUAUUUACUAAAAAAUCGCCAAAGUUUGAUAGAUAUGAAGAAAAAAAUUGUAGAGCACAACAAUGUACUUUCAGCUCAAUUAGUUUGCCCUAUUAGUGGUAUAAAUAUCCCCAGCGUUCUAGUGAGAUAUAAGGAACCUGCUAAUCUAAGAGUAUUUGUGGAGCUAAUUCCAGAGGAGCAAAGGUUGAGAUUUAGUAAGUCUCCUAUAGGAUUAAUAGGACUAAAGAUCCGAUUAUUGUCAACUUUGGGAUAUAAAGUCAUAACAUUAACUGAAUCACAAUGUAAUGAGAAUGAAAACAGUUUAGCAUUUUUGGAGCAUAAUACCGAAGGCAGUGAUAUUCCGGAGGCCCAAUCAUUGAAAGUUUAAA